AUUAUGUACCACAUGAUCAAGUACGACGAAAGCGGACGUUUAAUUUAAAACGAUGCUAUCACCGGAAGUUCCUAACUCUGUUGUAUCUGCGUGCUUGACGGUCGUCAGUAAAAGCGCCGUGAGUAGCAGUAUUUCGCAGAACAUUCGAGAGGUCCCCCAAACCCCGAGGACUUUCCAGAUAACCCCAUUCUGUCUCUGAGCCUGGCACCUGCACUGUUUGGACGCUUUAGGGUGUUUAACUGUGCAUCUUUGAGAGCCAAAAAAAUCAUUAAGAACCCUGCUGCAAUCAAUACAACACCAGCACCGGCUAUCGACCACCGUUCACUGCGGCUCUUGGACGAUCAGCGUUGUGUUUAUGUCUUUGUUUUGCGAAAACGGCUCGACCUCUGCUCUUCUGAGACACCUCAGCUGCGGACAUCACUGUGUCCCUGACAAACCAGUUAGCUGUUGCGCAGCCGUUGGAACCUGUGUGGUGGACAUCUAGCCUUCAAGCAAGGAGCUUGCGGCCACAGCGGCACAGCGUUUUUCAUGUCAGAGACCGAGCGCGCUUGCAGUCGUUUAUGUCAUCCCCUCUUUUCCAGACAGAAGAUCCCGAAAAAUCCCCAACCAAGAUCCUUUUAUCUUACUGAUAGUGCUAACAUCCAGCCAAAAUGUCUGUCAACGUCAACCGCAGCGUGUCAGACCAGUUCUAUCGCUACAAGAUGCCCCGUCUGAUUGCCAAGGUUGAAGGCAAAGGGAAUGGAAUCAAGACGGUCAUUGUCAACAUGGUUGACGUUGCAAAGGCACUGAACAGGCCUCCAACAUACCCGACCAAGUUUUUUGGUUGUGAACUAGGUGCUCAGACCCAGUUUGAUACCAAAAACGACCGUUACAUCGUCAACGGAUCCCACGAGGCGAACAAGUUGCAGGACAUGCUUGAUGGGUUCAUCAGAAAAUUUGUGCUGUGUCCUGAGUGUGACAACCCUGAAACUGAUCUGCAUGUCAAUCCCAAGAAACAAACCAUUGGCAAUUCCUGUAAGGCCUGUGGAUACCGCGGCAUGCUAGACACCAGACACAAACUCUGCACGUUCAUCCUCAAAAACCCACCAGAGAGCACUGAUAAUGGAUCUGCAUCUGUAAAGAAAGAGAAGGAGAAGAAGAACCGCAAGAAGGACAAGGAGAACGGCUCUGGCAGCGGAGAGGCUGGAAACCACGACAACUUUGACGCUCCUCAGGCUGUGGAUGGAGACGACGAUGAUGAGGACUGGGCGGAGGAGACCACAGAGGAGGCGCAGAGGCGGCGAAUGGAGGAGAUCAGCGACCAUGCCAAGGUCCUUACGCUCAGCGAGGACCUGGAGAAACCCCUGGAGGAGAGGGUCAACCUGUUCUACAACUUUGUGAAACAAAAGAAGGAGAGUGGAACCAUCGACGGCGCUGAUAAGGAGAUCUUGGCGGAGGCGGAGCGUCUGGAUGUGAAGGCCAUGGGCCCACUCAUCCUCAGCGAGCUGCUCUUCAACGAGAACAUCCGCGACCAGAUAAAGAAGUACAAACGCCACUUCCUGCGAUUCUGCCACAACAACAAGAAGGCCCAGAAGUAUCUGCUUGGAGGUUUUGAGUGUGUCGUGAAGCUGCAUCAGGUCCAGCUGCUGGCUCGUGUUCCCAUCAUCCUCAAAGACCUGUACGAUGCAGACAUGCUGGAGGAAGAUGUCAUAUUCGCCUGGGCGGAGAAGGUUUCUAAGAAGUACGUCUCUAAGGAACUUGCCAAGGAGAUCCACGCCAAGGCUGCUCCUUUUGUCAAAUGGCUGAAGGAGGCAGAGGAGGAGAGCGAAGGCAGCGACGAAGAAAAGGAGGAAGAUGAUGAGAACGUAGAGGUGGUGUAUUCUUCCUCCGCCCGCGAGCUCAAAGUGGAGACUGUCAAACCAGACACACCUGACAAAGAAGAGGACGACAUUGACAUUGAUGCGAUCUGAGAGACUCGGAUGAUGAUGAUGCUUUUCUUGUGUUGUGGCUUUGAUUCACGAUGCCCUGUACGACCUAAAUGGCUGGCCUUUCCCUCCUUUACUUAACCCUCCCCCUCCCCAAACCCACAACCCUCCUCUGCUUUGUGGCAUGACUUAACAUAGCGCUUUACUUGCUGCACAUUAACUCUGUAAUUUUGAGAUGUAUUCAGUUGAUGAAAUGAAGUCGCUUGGGGGAUUUUAAUCAUGGGUGUUUGGGGAUCAUUUUGACUGCACUUUUUUGUUUUGGUCCCUGUAUUUUUCCAGUCAAUAAAGAAUGAAUGUUUUGCUAUCCACCACA